AGCAUUUGGUAUUCGAUUUCCCCAUUUUACAUUUAACCGCUCGAGCUUCAACACUGUUUCCGAAUUUAUCAGAAAAACGCUCUUAUUACUCAUCAUGUUGCGCAUGCUCACCAACUGCACCGGCUGCCUGCGGCGUACUGCCAGGAUCAGUUACGUCCUGGGGGCGCGCUCCUACGCCAAGGACGUCAAGUUCGGCCCCGAGGUGCGGGCCAUGAUGCUCCAAGGAGUGGACGUGCUGGCGGAUGCCGUGGCCGUGACCAUGGGCCCCAAGGGACGCAACGUGAUCAUCGAGCAGAGCUGGGGCUCCCCGAAGAUCACCAAGGACGGCGUGACGGUGGCCAAGGCGAUCGCCCUGACUGACAAGUUCCAGAACAUCGGGGCCAAGCUGGUCCAGGACGUGGCCAACAACACGAACGAGGAGGCGGGCGACGGCACCACCACGGCCACCGUCCUGGCCCGCGCCAUCGCCAAGGAGGGCUUCGAGAAGAUAUCGCGCGGUGCCAAUCCGGUGGAGAUCCGCCGCGGCGUGAUGCUGGCCAUCGAGAGUGUCAAGGACAAUCUGCGCAAGAUGUCCCGGCCGGUGAGCACGCCCGAGGAGAUCUGCCAGGUGGCGACCAUCUCGGCGAAUGGCGACAAGUCGGUGGGCAACCUCAUCAGCGAGGCCAUCAAGAAGGUGGGUCGCGACGGGGUGAUCACGGUGAAGGACGGCAAGACUCUGAGCGACGAGCUGGAGGUGAUCGAGGGCAUGAAGUUCGACCGCGGCUACAUAUCGCCGUACUUCAUCAACGCCCCCAAGGGCGCCAAGGUGGAGUUCCAGGACGCCCUCCUCCUCUUCUGCGAGAAGAAGAUCAAGUCGGCCCAGAGCAUUGUGCCCGCUUUGGAGCUGGCCAACUCGCAGCGCAAGCCACUGGUCAUCAUAGCCGAGGAUUUGGAGGCGGAGGCCCUCAGCACCAUGGUGGUGAACCGGCUGAAGGUGGGCCUCCAGGUGUGCGCCGUGAAGGCGCCCGGCUUCGGGGACAAUCGCAAGGAGAUGCUGGCGGACAUGGCCGUGGCCACCGGGGGCAUCGUUUUCGGGGACGAGGCCAAUCUGGUGCGACUGGAGGACGUCAAGAUGAGCGACUUUGGGCGCGUGGGCGAGGUGGUGGUCACCAAGGACGACACCCUGCUGCUCAAGGGCAAAGGUCAGAAGGCGGAGGUGGCCAAGAGGGUGGAGGGUCUGCGCGAAGCCAUCAAGGAGUCCACAUCCUCCUACGAAAAGGAGAAGAUGCAGGAGCGGCUGGCGCGCCUGUCCUCCGGCGUGGCCCUGCUGCGCGUGGGUGGCUCCAGCGAUGUGGAGGUGAGCGAGAAGAAGGAUCGCGUCCACGAUGCUCUGAACGCCACUCGGGCGGCGGUGGAGGAGGGAAUUGUGCCCGGCGGCGGGACCGCCCUGCUGCGAUGCAUUCAGAAGCUGAACGACCUGAAGGGCGCCAACGAGGACCAGAACAUGGGAAUCGAAAUCAUCCGGCGAGCGCUGCGUAUGCCCUGCCUCACCAUAGCCAAGAACGCAGGAGUCGACGGCGCCAUGGUGGUGGCCAAGGUGGAGAUCCUGGACGGCGACUACGGCUACGAUGCGCUGAAGGGCGAGUACGGCAAUAUGAUCGAGCGGGGCAUUAUCGAUCCCACCAAGGUAGUGCGCACCGCCAUCUCGGACGCCGCCGGAGUCGCCUCGCUCCUGACCACCGCCGAGGCUGUGGUGACGGAGCUUCCCUUGGAAGAGGCCGCUGCUGCCGGAGCGGCUGCCGGUCUGGGUGCCCUCGGGGGCAUGGGAAUGGGCAUGUAACAAGCCUCGAUAGAAGUUUUCGAGAGCUCCUCCAUUCCUGUUACCGCCAUCUCCUGUCUAAAUUCAAAACACGGAAACACUGAUUGCU